AUGAAUAAAGUUGUUUCCAAGGUUCUUAAUAGUGUCUUACUAUAGCCCCCUCCCAAAUAUUUUUUUUUAAAAUUUAUUUUAAUAUGUCUCCAUAUUUUAGGAAAAAAAAUAGUAAAGUUAGGAGACUUCAUUGAAAAUCUUAACCCAGAUCAACUAAACUUAUCAAUAUUCAGCGGAAAAGUGUCCCUAGAGGAUCUUCGUGUAAAAUCAGAAGCAUUAGAUAAGCUCGGUUUUCCUUUUAAAUUGGGAAGUGGCUAUGUAGGGACUAUCCAAGUCUCAAUACCAUGGACUUCGCUGGGCUCAAGUCCUUUGAAAAUCAUCAUAAAAGAUGUAAUAGUUUUCCUGCUGCCUUAUCCAAAAGCAAACUGGGACGAACAAGAGCAGCGGACAAUCAAUCAAAAAUGAAGAAGAUCUCAAAUUGAUAAAUUUGAGAUAAUGAAUUCUGAAGAAGUUGCUGUAGCCAGCAGUCCAGGAAUGAUUGAAAAAUUAUUUAGAAAAAUCGUGGAUAAUAUCCAGGUGGAAUUAAAAAAUGUGUAUGUAAGGUUUGAAGACACAGAAUCGUUUUCGCAGAAAUUUGCAGUUGGAUUGAAAAUUGAAGAAAUAAGCUGUUUUACAUGCAAUUCUAGCUGGGAAAAACAGUUUAUGGAAAGCAAUUUAAUUUGCUUUAAAUUGAUAAACCUGAGGAAUUUUGCGAUUUUUUCAGAUUUUGGAGAAAAAUUUAAUUUGGUAGCUUUUGAGAGCUAUUUAUAGGGAAUUUUUUUCGUGUGGCAUUUUCCCUAAUUUUGGUCGAAAUUUUCUUUGUGACAGUUAAAAUUCUAUCAAAUGUCUCAUGAGGAAAAAUUUUUUGACAAAAAAUUGCUGACUUCCCCCCUCUAUGAGCAAACAAAACCAUUGGAAAAAUCUAUAUUUUUUGGGUAAACCUGCCCCCGUGAGCGAACAAAAAUUUUUUAUUAAAUAAAAAAUUGAUAAAUGAGUGAUAAUUAUUAUAAUGAAAUUUUAUAGCUAAUUCUGGUUAAUUUUUAAAAAGCUUGCAUUUUAAAACAUAAUUUUUUCAAAUUAAAUUAAUUUUUGUUUCUCAAUUUUUACAAAUAUGAAUUUUUUAAAUUUUGAAGAAAAAAAAAUUCUAUAAUACAUAAAAUUAACCCCUCCGUGAGCGAACAAAAUUAUUGUGUUCGCUCAAGAAAGGAGGGAGUGAGAAAAUCUACAUGAAGAAAAUGCUAAUAAAUUGAAUGGAGCCCUUUUGAGCACGUUCCUGGGAUGGGCGAAAAGCAAUCCCUUGAGCAUCUAGCUCAGCAGGAAUUCGCUGAACAGAUAAAUCAUCGAUACAUAAUUUCUCCAGUCUCUUUAAGAAUUGAGCUGAUUAUGAAUAAAGACGCAAAAGAUACUUCAAAACCUCAGUACUCUGUCAGCAUUUCUUCUGAAAAAAUCGAAGCUGGCAUUGUGGUCACCCAAAUCACCCAUUUUAUCAAGCUGGGAGAAUUCAUAUCUCAGUUCUUUAAAUUCAGAGAAGGAGUUGCUAACCCCCCCUCCGUGAGUGAACAAAAAUAUAUUGUUCACUCACGGAGGGGGUUAAUUUUUUUUUAAAAAAUUUAUAUAUAAAUUUUAUAGAAAAAUUUUUUUCGAAAUUUUAAAAAAAUCCUAAUUUCAAAAAUUGGGAAGCAAAUUUUAAUUUAAUUUAUAUAAAAUUUAUGUUUUAAAACACAAUUUGUUUAAAAUUAAACAGAAUUAGCUUGAGAUUUCAAUAUACUAAUUAUCACUUAUUUAUCAAAUUGUUUUUCAUAAAAAAUUGUUUCUAUAUUACAAUUUUUGUUCACUCGCGGAGGGUGGGUUUUUUUUGACAAAAAAUAGGGAUUUUUCCAAUGGUUUUGUGUACUCACGUAGGGGGGGAGUAAGUCAGAAUCUUAUAAAACAAUGACUCACGAAGAUAUGAUAAGAUAUUGCACCACUUAUAAGAACUGAAGAAGCUUUAGUGGUGAUAAUAAUAGACUGUCUAGGAAAUUUUCUGAAGAAAAUUUAUAUAAUUUAGCUUAAAUAAUACAUAAAAUAAAGCAACAAAAAAAAAUUUUAUAAAUAAAUUUGAAUAGAAUACUUGAGCUCCAAAAAAUGGAAGAAAUUUUUGAGCUUUCUGAUAUUUUAAAACAGCGAGAAAAUGUGAUUAAGGAAAUAGGAAUGAGAAAACUCGCUGAUGAAAAACGAAAAGAAAUCGAAGAAAUAAAAGCGAGCUACAAACAAAAAAGACCUGGAUCUUUUAAAAGAAUGUUUGGGUAUGGGAAGUCAGAAGAGACUCUGAAUAGAGAAAAACAGGAAAUGGAAGAAAAAAUUGCCAAAUGCCAACAAGAGCUAGAAGAAAUCCUAGGAGGCAGCUAUAAUGAAGCAAGAAAUGAACUUUUAGAGCUCGUUUCUGGCGUCGACACAUUUGAUGAGCGAAAUAUGCCAGAAUUCUCUGAUAAAUUUGUUUUGAAAUUAAAAAUAGACCGACAAAGCUUCCAUUUGAACUCUUCAAAAUCAAAACUGUCUUCGUGGGAAAUUUUGAGCACUUAUGUAGACGCCGCCAUAAAACCAUCAAGCAUUAUUGUCGAAGCCAAAAUAAACUCUAUGUAUAUCACUGACAAAGUCUGCAAAGGAAAUCGGAAAAUCAUGGAAAGCGGCCAUUUGCAUGCGAAAUAUUCCACUUUUGGAAUAAAUAGCAUUGAUGUAGACUCUGGAGAUUUUUGCUAUAAUCUCAAUAUAUAUAGCAUAUUAGAAGUUUAUAAGACUUUUCAAAAAGAAUUAAUUCAAGAAAUUGAUUCUGAUUUUUACCAGACUCAGGCAAAUGCUAAAGUGAAUUAUUAUGUAGAACUCAGCAAAAAAUAUGUCGACGAAGCUAUAAUUCAGCAGGAAAAACAACCCAUGAAAAUAAAUUUGCAUUUGUCAGCGCCUAAAUUCAAGAUACCUCUAGACCUAAAAAGAAUGGAGGCUGGGUAUUUUAUUUUCGAUUUCGGCAGGUUUAAUAUUUUUAAUGGAAAUGAAGAAAUUGAAGGAAUUUUGUAUGAAUUUUAUGCUUUUGAACUGACAAAAUUUAAUAUUGGGAUCACAGGAAGCGACAUUUUAGAGCCUAUCAGCUUUGACUUUAAAAUAUCAAAAACAAAAAAUAAAGACGUGACACCAAUGAUAAUCGACGCAAAAUUAAAAAAAAUAAAAAUAAAUUUCAAUGAUUAUUUACUUUCGACAGCCCAGGAAUUUCAUCAAAUAUUGAUGAGAACAUUAGAACCAAUUCUGAAUUCUCCAUUAGUAAAUAGCAACAUUUCUUUGCCAGAAAACAUUAAUUUAUCAUUAUUAAAUGCAGAAAAAGAAAUUUCACAUAAAAGCUCUAUGAAAAUUUUUUUAGAAAUCAGAGAAAUUUCGACAUCAAUUUUUUCGAAAAAUUCGGAAAUUUUGUGAUGCGCGUUUAGAGGGCUUAAAAUAGAGCAUGAAGCGUUUGCAGGAGGAAGUAUGGGAAUUGAUUUUAGUUUAAGGAGAAUGGAUAUUUUGGAUAUGAGAGAAGAGGCUUAUUUUAGGGCAAUUAUGUCAAAUCCUCAGGUGAGGGCGGAAAAUGGAGAAUUUUUAAAUGAUGAACGCCAGCUGUUGGCUCCUCAAGUCAGAGCUGGGGUUAUUGUUGACAGCUCAAAAGGUGUCACUCAAGUUUCAGCUCUGAUAAGUGGGAUUAGGAUUAUCCUUGUGCAUUCUUUUAUUAAGAAUUUGAUAGACUUUUCAAAAGAUUUUUCGGGAAAACCUGGAUUUAAGCCUCAAGCCAAAGCUCAAGCUGCUGAGAAAUCUGAGCCAAAAAUAUCUAAUAAUACAAUAGAAGCAAGCUUGUCGGUCAGCUGCUUCGAGAUCUGGCUGCCGUUAUCAGAAGCCAAUAAUUCUCAAAUUUUAAGUAUAAAUUGAUCACCAAUCGCCCAUUACAAUUCCACUCGAACUACCAAAGGCUCAUCCUCAAUCUUCAUUGACGACGAGCUCUCUCUGGCAGUCCGCCAUUUCACAAUCCAACUAGGAACCUGCAAAAACCAUUUAAUAACCCCAAAUUUCUGGCAUAUCCAAGACCUAAUCACUCCAUCUAGAAUUAUCAUAAAUUAUUCUUCAAAAAAAGAGCCUAAAGAAAAUACAGUCUUAAGUGAAGCUUCCCUCAAUUUAGAAAGCAUUUCUCUGACUGCUGGGUUCAGAGAUAUUGAUUUUUUCAAAGAAUUAGCUGCUAAAUGAAUGUCAAUACUCCCAACUCAAACAAAUAAUGAUGAGGAAUCUACAGUUCCUAUCGUAAAGCCAGAAAAGGAAAUCAGUAAAGAUAUUUUUCGGGCUGAGCUUAUAUGUGACUCUUUACAGUUUACUUUAAUACAAGAUAAAAUUAAAAAAUCAUAUGAGCUCUGCCAUGCCAGUUUCAGCAAUUUUGGAGUGGAUAUGCAAAUAAUGCCUCAGCUUGCAGUUAAUUUUAGCACUAUAAUUUUGAUAAAUUAUUAUAACUUGAAUGUAGCGUCUUGAGAGCCGUUAAUUGAAGAGUGGACUAUGGAAAUCAAUGCAAUCCAAGACGAAAGUAAAAGGUUUAAUAUACAAUUUUCCUCAAAAGAAGACUUGAAUAUAAAUGUUACUUAUGAUUUAAUGAAAACAAUUGGCUCUGUAAUGUAUGCAAUCGAGACUGUCCCUACUGAAAAUGAAGUAGAAAGCAGGCCUGGGACCGUAGAAAGAAUGCAUAAAGACAUCGAAUAUAAAAUUGUUAAUUUACUAGGAAAAGACAUCUAUAUUAAAAUAGAUAAAGACAAUGCUCAGGAAACGCUAAUUACAGACGUAAUCUGUGCAUAUUACUCUCAAAAUGACUUAAAUCGGAUUUAUUCAAAGAAAGGGACAUCAAAAACCAUUAGAGCCCCAGCAAAACUGUUAAUCAGAAUUGGAGAAAAUUUUUCAAGGCCAUUUGGGAUGGAAGACUCCAAAACCAAAGCUAGAAAAAUAGGCGAUGAGGUUGUAAUUAUUGAAGUAGAGUGCAGAAAUAAUGAAAGAAUAAUAAAAAUCCAGACAAAUAAGACGCUUAUGAACAAUACAAGAAUGGACCUAAAAAUUGUUUCAAGACUUGGAGAGGUUGAGCUGCCUGCGUAUUCUUCAGUACCUUUGCCUACGAGCUGGCUUAAUGAAGCUCUCAUAUGCAAUAGAAAUGUUCUGGAUCGGCCAGGAUUAAUUUCAAACCCUUCUGAAGAUCGCCAUGAACAAGGAAGGUCAAUUGCUUUUGAAAUUUUAGAGCUUAAGGUGGGAAGAAGCAUGACCCAUAUGUUUUUACAGUUCAACCCCCCAAUAGUGCUAAGAAAUCUGCUUCCCUGCACACUAUCAUAUAUUUCAUAUGGAAACCAAAGCGGUUUUAUAAAUCCUGGCUCAUCCAGAGACAUUUACACUGUAAAAAAAUUAGAAGAUUUCAGAUUAAGAGCCCACAAUAAUGAUAGGACUGAAGUUACAACUGAGUCUUUUGCUAUUAAAAACAUCUUUGAAGCAGAAAUAACUGAAAAAAUGUGCCUGAAAGUAAGAAAAAUUGAGAAUGAGGAAGAAGACAAUGUGGAUUUGUUGGCUGCUACGUCCUUACUGAUGGAUAUAACAAAAAAGAAAAAUUUAAAAAAUGAUAUAACUGAUUUAAGGACAAGAAAGAUAAAAAAACUUACUCCCCCCCCCUUCGUGAGUGAACAAAAAAAUUUUGUUCACUCACGGAGGGGGGUUAAUUUUUUUUUUAAAAAAAAAUUUAUAUAUAAUUUUUUUAUAAAUUUUUUUUUUCGAAAUUUAAAAAAUCUCACUUCUAUAAGCAAAUAUUAAUUUAAUUUAUAAAAUUUAUGUUUUAAAAAGCAAUUUGUUUAAAAUUAAACAGAAUUAGCUGGAGAUUUCAUUUAAAAUAUUUUUGUUCACUCACGGAGGGUGGGUUUUUGGGCUAAAAAUAGAGAUUUUUCUAAUGGUUUUGUUCACUCACGGGGGGGGGGGGGGGAGUUAGCAAAGAACAAAUGAAUCAAGACGAAUAUAAAAACCAUGGAGCCAAGCUGCUUGAAGUUUAUUCACCUUAUAUAUUUAUAAAUAAAACAGAUCACAAACUUAUUUUGUCAACUGAAGAAAACCUACAUCUUUUUAAAGGAACAACUGGGUUUGUGAGCCACAAUGCAAAAAAAAUGCAAGUUAAGCUGAAACCAGAAAGUGAAUGGUCAAGAAAUUUUAGCAUUGAUGCUAUUGGAGUCGCCGAUUCAAUUGAUAUUAAAUAUCGUCCAGAUGAUACAGAAGAGAUUUCUAUUGGGAUUAUAAGAGAAAAUGCGAUUGCUCCAAUGGUGAAAUCAACAAUUAUUAAAUUUGUCCCGCGGUAUGUUAUAGAAAAUAGCUUGAAUUUUGAUAUCCAGCUACUUCAGCUUGAAAAUGGAAGCUGGGUCGAAAUUGAGCUUAAAAAAGGAGAAAAAAAAGCCUUUACCAGGUUCACACAUGGGAAGAAACGGUAUUUUAAAGCUAAAGCUGGAGGUUCUGAAUGGGGGCCUUUAUUUGACAUUGACGAGCUGCAUGAAUACCAAAUGAGGAUUCCAGCAGAAAAAGCUGACAAAAUUGAGCUGCCGAAUAAAGAAAAAGGCUUAGCUGCAUUCUUUAGAGCAAUAAAAUGGAAUCUUCCCAACUCAUCUAAUGACUAUCACUAUACAGUCAGAGUCAUCACAACUACUGAAGACCAAGCCACUAUUUUUGUCAAUUUUUCGCUGCCUGACAACCCAGAAUUUGUCAUAAUAAACCAAGCUGCUGAGCCUCUAAAAAUAAAAGCUGUAAAAAAGAAAAUAAAAAUAGAUCCUAACUCCUGACCAGACGAGCACAGAUUUAUGAAAAGCCCUAAAUAUAGAGAGUAUACUGUCCUGUCUGGGUCUUAUAUUCCUAUUAUUUUCAACCCUUUAGAUCCUAGAGAUAUCUGCCUAACUAUUGGCGAGGAUUCCAAAAUUUUCCCAAUAGACGAAGUUUCAGAUAAAUCCAAAAAACCAAAAAAAAUCGCUAAUUAUGACGUAAUCGUUGAGCUUAACGGCUGCACAAGAGAAUUAUACGUUAUUGAUGAAAAAUUUAAAAAGGAAAACGAUGAAUUUACAAAAAGCAUUAUAAACCCUUUACAUAAAUGCAGAAAAUCAAUGAGGCUAUUUAAUUUCAAAGCUGACAUUGAGCUUAAAAAAAUAGGGGUUUCUUUAAUAACUGAUGCUCCGGCAGAAAUUUUUUAUAUAAGUUGCGAUAAAAUUAGUAUUUUCGCGAAGGUAAAGCAGUCAAUGAUCGCUUCCAAGCUAGAAGAGAGAUUAGAAUUUCAUUACCAGCUUGGAAAUUUUCAGAUUGAUAAUAUGAUAGCCAGAGGGAAGCAGUUUCCAGUCAUUUUUUCUCCAGCGAAUAGCUCUGAAGAUACCAUUCCUUUUUUGCAGCUUGGGUUCAGCAGGACCAAAUUGAGCAACCCUCUAACCGAAAGUGUAAUUCUUGACCAAUUUUUUGACGUACAUUUUUGCUUACAAGAGUUUAAAAUACAACUGGACCAGCCCGUGGUCAGAAUGUCAAUAUCGGUGAUUCGGAGUCUGUUGGACUCUUGUUCAGAGCCAAGAAUGGUUAGGUCUAACGCAAUGUAUAUAGUAUCAGCUACAGAUACUGAUAAAUAUUUAGACCCUUUUAGCUUAUCAUUGUCAUUUAUCCCAAACCAAAAAGCAAAUAAUGUUUUUAUUGAUGAAAUUAACUUGGAGUCCCUGCAUUUAAAUUUGACGUUUAGGAGCUCCAAAAAAAGGUUUGAAAUGGAAAGUGAUGCUAGACAAAUCCUUGGUGGACAAAUCCUGUCAGCUGUGGGUGGAGCAAUCAUUAAUAUAUCAGAAACACCUAUCAAGCUGAAUCAAUUGAAAAUGAAUGAUGUGUUCAGCACAAUUCCAGACCUCCAAAGGAAGAUUUUAGCUCAUUAUGCAAAGCAAGGGUUUUAUCAGCUAUAUAAAAUCCUAGGGUCAAGUGAUCUAAUAGGAAACCCUGUGCAGCUCCUAGACAAACUCGGAAAAGGGGUAUAUCAAUUUAUAAAUGAGCCUUACAAAGGACUCUUAAAAAGCCCUAAAGAGUUCAUAAAAGGGGUUGGAAAAGGUGUCAAAGGGCUCGUCUCUGACUCCCCCCCCUUUAAAUUGGAACUAAAAAUUUUGUUCCAAUUUAAAGGGGGGUUAAUUUGUUUUUUCUAAAAAAAAAAUAUUAUAAUAAAAUUUUUUAUAAAAAUUUAAAAAAAAAAAUUCAAAAACAUAUCGAAUUAGAUCAAUAAAUUUGUUUAAUAAAACGCUAUUUACUCUUUAUCCUUUUAACACAAAGCAAGAUAUAACUAAAUUUUCAUUAUUAGUUAAUACGCCACUAUUAAUUGGUAUCAAAAUUAUUUACACAAAAAUUAUUAUUUUUAUUGAUAAAAACAAAUUAAAAAAAAAAAUUUUAGAAAAUUUAUCGAUCAAAGUGCUAAUUUUGUUUAAAUAAGAUGUUAUUUAUACUCUAUUCUUUAAAAUAAAGCAAGAAAUAAGUAAAUUUUUGAAAUUUUAUAAAGAAUUCCUAUUGAAUUUAUAUCAAAACUAUCCAAAUAAAAAAUAUCAUUUUUAUCAAAAAAAACAAAAAUUUUUUUGAAAAUGUUUAAAAAAAAAAAUUUUAAUUUUUUUAAAAAUUUAGCAAUUAAGGAUAAUAAAUUUUAUUUAAAUAAGAUGCCCUUUAUACUUUUUUCUUUAAAAACGAGCAAGAUAUAACUAAAUUUUUUAAUUUUAGUUAAGAAGAAACAUUUAACUUAUAUCAAAACUUUUUAGAUAAAAAUUAUAUAUAAUUUUUUAUUAUAAAAUUAAAUUUUGUUUCCAAUUUAAAGGGGGGUUAAUUUACCAAAAAAGUGGAAAUUUUACCGAUAUUUUGUUCCAAUUUAAAGGGGGGGGGGAGUGAAGUAAUAACAGGUGGGUUUGGAAGUAUUUCAAAAAUAACAGGCAGCCUUUAUGGGGUUCUUAAAAAUGUCAGUGGAGAUGACGAAGGAAGAGAAAAAAUCAGAGAAACAAGGAAUCUGUGUAGUGGGACUUUUUAUGGAGUCAUUGGAGGGGUGCAAGAUAUAGGUGAAGGGAUUGCUGGGAUUUUUAUAAAGCCUUAUAAAGGAGCCAAAAAGCAAGGGACGAAAGGGUUCAUUAAAGGUGCAGGAAUUGGCUUGUUUGGGGCAUUUUCAGCGCCAUAUUCAGCAAUUUUGCAUUUUGGGGCUUCGGUGUCGGGUGGGAUUGCGAACUCACCUUUUUGGAAUGACAGAAGUAAACAGCGGCUGCGAGGCAGAUCAAGAUUUCCUCGCCAGUUUUCGACGACUAUGGUUGUUGAAAAAUAUAGCCAUGAAAUUGCUCAAGCCCAAGAAUUUCUUCGAGCAAAUAUAAAAAAUAAGUGGGAAAGACUUGUCAUGUACCAAAAUUUCGCAGAUUUAGACAACGUCGUCAUACUGAUCACCUCUAUGAGAGUUCUUUUAUUCGUAAAAGGCGAAAAAAAAGCCAGUAUCAAACUCCGCCAAAUAAAACACUGUGAAUUCGUCAAAGAAGAAGACAGCAUCUCAUUCGAAAUGAGGGAUUUAGUCAAAAACAUCACCAUUUCUAGCACUCUUAUAUCAGGACUGCUUAAAGUUUUUGAAACUAUCACUGCAAUCAACCAUAAAAUCCCCAAAAAUGAAGCCUUAAAGCAAAUAUUAUCAAUAAAGGAUACAAAUAAUAAUUAA